AUGUCGUACAAUCACCGUCUACCUAAAAAGUUCGACCCGACCCCGAAGCGGCAUCACGGAUGGACCUUUAUCAUCUUUCUCUUCGGGAUCGUCCUCCCGCCCAUCGCCGUAGCAGCGAGGUUCGGGAUCGGGUCUGAUUUCUUCCUCAACUGUUUCCUCUGUAUCUGUGGAUAUAUCCCCAGCCACGGGCACAACUUUUACAUCCAGAACAUCCGUAACAACGACGGCCGUAAACGAACCCCGAAAUGGAUCAAGAAGGCCGGCCUAGUCGACGAUUCUGAAGACAAGCGCCGGGCGGCCAAAUCCCAAUGGGCUAAGCGUUACGACGAACGUCUCCCCAAUUCGACACUCGAUGAAGCCGAUUUGGCCGAAGGUGAAGAGGGUGGCAACUAUGUGCCUUCCAGGACAAUCGAUGAGGAAGAGGUUGCCAGAAGGAGGAGAGAGGGGUUGUGGUCGAAUGAGGAUGAAGAGUAUUACAACGAGGAGCGUGAACACGACAGGGCGCCCAACCAGCAGCACUGGCAUUACCCAGCCAAUUUCGAAGGCGCCGAAGCCACCCCAAGCAAAUCACUCGGUCUUCCAGGAUUCUCCGGUUCCAAGAAGAAGGCCAAGAAGCCUGACCCGCACACUUAUACUUCCAACUCGAAUGCCGACCGGCCUUGGGACGCCCAAUUCGACGACGACGUGCCCGAGUGGGGUCGAGAGUACGGAUCUCGAGGAGGUUCGGGUACCGCUGCAGGUAGGGGCAGGGCAGGGACGGAGUCGUCUGACGGCUACGGAGGCGGGAAUGGGAACGCGUACGGCUCGGCAGGCGGCGGCGGGAAUAAGAGGGAUUCGGCGAGGGUUGGGGGAGGAAGGGCGGAGAGGGAUGAGGAUUGGGAUCAUCAGUUCUAA